GGCAGCCUGCGCGCCCCCCGCCCGCCCCGCGCUCUUCCCCUCGCCCUGGAGUCAGCUUUGGGGCUGCUGUCACGCGCCUCUGAUUAAGCGAGCGCGGGGCGGGGAGCGAGCCGCUUCGGGCUCCUGCGCUAAAGCGGCGAAAGGCGGGAAAGAAGAUCGCUGGGCUGCUUUGUAAUUCGGGUGCAAUUCCGUCUUGCUUUCCGCAGGCGGCCGCCUUAUUUAAGACUGGAGGGGGGUCGGGGGUGGACAGCGGACGCCUGUGUCCUUCCCGUCGCGUUUCAUCUCCAUUUAUUCUCUCUGCACCCUCGUCGGCAUCCGACACUUUUCUCCCUUCCUGAUAGGCUUUGUGUCGGUUGAGUUCCACUUAUGCACUCCCAGCUCACAAGCCACGUUCGCUCGUCUGUAGCAGCUGCCACUGCUUCAGCUUGGGACUGGCAAUCAGCCCCCCCGCCCCUUGAGGCCAGAUGAAGCGACUGCCACCUCUCUUCCCAUUCUCGGUGUAAAUCUUCCCUCAUCCCAUCCUCCAUGGUGGGGAGCAGGGGGCCAUUUGGGAGUCCAUCUCAGGUGCCAAAGUGUCUUGGGCCAGCUGUGCUCACAAUUACUGAAGUAAUGAAAUAAACAGAGCCCUAUUGCUGGAUCAGGCCAAAGGCCUGUCUGGUUGGACAAUCUGUUCUAAGAGUGGGCAGCUAUCCAAUGCCUGUGGGAGGCUGGCAACUCGCUUGGUGAUUCCCAGCAGCAGGUAUCCAGUGGUAUACCUGUACUGCUUCUGGUCCUGGAGAAAUUAGAGGUGACAGGACUAGCUCAAGCUGUCAUGAGAUGGAUCACAAUCAGCCUUGUUGUGUUUGCCCUGGCUUCUCAGGUGGCUAAUGCUACGUUGUCAAAGACAGAUACCAAAAAAGCUGCCUCAAAAACUCUGGAGGAAAAGACUCACUAUUCAGAUAAAAGAGUGCAAGACCGUGGCCUGGUUUCUACCGAUUUAAAGACGAAGGAUAUUAUCCUAGAGUACAAAAGCUACUGUGCUAAAAAAGCACGAGAACGACACUUUGGGGGAGAUGUUUUGGGCUACAUAACGCCUUGGAACAGCCAUGGCUAUGACAUUGCUAAGAUAUUUGGAAGCAAAUUUACGACUAUCUCGCCAGUCUGGUUACAGGUGAAGAGAAGGGGCAAGGAGAGGUUCCAGGUGACAGGGCUCCAUGAUGCUGACCAAGGUUGGAUGAAAGAAGUGAAGAGGAAUGCCAAAAACAUCAAAAUAGUUCCACGAAUUUUGUUUGAAGGCUGGACUUACCAUGACUUUGAGAGUGUGUUUGUCAGUGAAGAUGAGAUAGAAGAGCUUUCCAGUAACCUGAUCCAAAUAGCCAAGAAUGAGAAUUUUGAUGGCUUUGUGGCUGAAGUUUGGAGUCAGCUAGGAAAUCAGAAGCAAACGGGUCUGAUUCACUUGCUCACUCACCUCUCGGAAGCUUUGCAUCAGGCGCGGCUGAAGCUGGUGCUUGUUAUCCCUCCCACUGUCAUGCCAGGAACCAACCAGCUGGGAAGUUUCACAAAGAAAGAAUUUGAUCAGCUAGCCCCAAUAGUGGACAGCUUCAGCCUCAUGACAUAUGAUUAUUCAGCGCCUCAACGGCCUGGCCCUAAUUCCCCUCUACCUUGGAUGCGGGCGUGUGUUCAAAUGCUGGAUCCAGAAGCCAAGUGGAGAAGUAAAAUUCUUCUGGGACUGAAUUUUUAUGGCAUGGACUACUCGGCACUGAGCGCUUCUGGAGAGCCAAUAAUUGGAAACAAUGCCUGCAAUUUCCCACAGAACCAUGCAAUCAAAAGCAUUUUCCGUGAGGAUCUCAGAAAAGGGGACAACCCUGUUGCAGUGGAGAAUGAAGAAAGGAGAUCUAUGUAUAUAGAAAUCUUGAAGGAGCAUAAACCUAAGCUGGUUUGGGAUGAACAAAUAGCUGAACACUAUUUUGAAUACAAAAAAAGUAAAGGAGGCAAGCAUGCAGUCUUCUAUCCAACUUUAAAGUCCAUCCAACUGCGGUUAGAGCUUGCAAAGGAACUGGGCACAGGAAUUGCCAUCUGGGAACUUGGCCAAGGACUGGAUUAUUUUUAUGACUUACUUUAAAAAUAUGACAUCCUUUUUUUCAUUGACAUUUCAUCUUCAAUCAACUGGAGCUGGAGGGGGUGCAGGAUGGAUUUUUUUGUGGGGAGGGGGGCAAUGUAAUUUAUAUGGAAUCAGUUUCAAAUUUUCCCAAUAAAGAGUAUCUUUUGA